AUGGAAUCGCUUCGCCUUCGAGUCAUAGAUCAGGAGAAGUGCCUGCAAAAGCUGCAAUGGUGGCCAUGCGGAAGCGAAUCCAACAUGACAAUCCUCAUGUUGUCAUGCAUGCGCUUCCUUGUAUUAGAUGCUUGUGUCAAGAACUGCGGCCACAAGAUCCACGCGGAAAUUGCUACAAGAGAGUUUAUGGAAGAGUUUAAGAAUUUGGGGAUUGGAAGCCAGUACGAAGAUGUCAAAACAAAGGUUCUGGAAAUGCUGCAGUGUUGGGCCAUGGCGUUUGCUAACAAGCCAGAAUACAAAAUUGUUGUUGAUACGCACAAUCUUAUGAAACUAGCUGGUUUCGAUUUUCCAUCCAUCAAGGAAGCUGACGCAAUGUUCUCCGCUCAGGUAGCUCCUGACUGGCAUGAUGGCUCCGAGUCUGCCGAUCCGAAUUUUCGCUUUUCAAUCGUAAAGCACCACUGCCGCGCUUGUGGUCAAAUCUUCUGUGAUCGCUGCAGCACCAAGGAAAUUCCUUUGCCACAGUUUGGAAUUGAAAAAGAGGUUCGCGUGUGCGAUGCAUGUUUCGAGAAGAUUUCAUCCAAAACGAGUGAAACAAAAGUAGUUAAGAGUGAGCCAUUAGCUUCUACGUCGGUGAAAGAAGAUAUCUCACAAGCUGAAAAGGAGAAGCUAUUGAAGGAAAAGGAGGAGGAAGAUCUGGCAUUGGCUCUUGCUAUAAGUCAAAGUGAAGCAGAGGCGAAGGAGCAGGAGCGGCAAAAAUCCUUGUACGCAAUAUACAACGGUGAUACUACGGGCGCAUCCGCAGUUAAC